AUGGCUUCUUCAACGGUUCUAGAUAUUCUUCAUAUUAGUCAAAAAUAUGCACUCUAUACUAAUUACAUUAUACUUAUUACUGGUAUUAUUGGAAAUUUUUUUAAUAUAUUGAUUUUUACUGGUUUCAAAGCCUUUCGAAGUAGUCAAUGUGUUUUAUAUUUUGUAACCGAAUCAAUUUCCAAUAUAUGUCAAUUAAUAACAUUUUUUCUUAUAAGUUUAUUAAUAACAUUAAAUGAUAAUGAUCCAGCAAAUUCAAUACUUUUCUGGUGUAAAUUUCGUACUACGAUGAUUACAUUAUGUACACUAAUUUCAUUUUCUGCUGUAUGUUUUUCUACUUGUGAUCAAUAUCUUUCAACAAGUGUUCAAUCCAGUUUAAGAAAAUUAAGUACAAUUAAAUUAGCUAAAAUUCUAGUAUUUACAGCAAUUAUUAUUUCAAUAUUACAUACCAUUCCAUUUUUUAUAUUUUUUGAAAUUCGAGCUUCUUUCUGUAGUGUUUUCAAUCCAAUGAUGUCUCAGUAUCUAACAUAUUUCUAUUAUCCAAUUUUAUCUGGACUUCUACCUAUUUUCAUAGCGUCAUCAUUUAGUAUUUUAGCAUAUCGAAAUGUUCGACGAAUUGUUCGACGGCAAAUGCCAAUAGUUCGUCGACGACUUGAGCGACAAUUAACAGCAAUGGUCCUUGUUCGUAUUAUUGCAUUUGUUAUAUUAACAUUACCAUAUGCUAUUCAAAGAAUGUAUACAUAUCUUGCAAAAGUUGAUCAAUCAGAUCUUUUACUAUUUGCAAUUAAUGGUCUCCUGGAAGCAUCUUUUUAUAUAUUUAUGGCAUCUUCAGUACGAUUUCGUCGUCAAGCGAAAUAUGUUUUGGUAAAGAAAUGUUGGCAACGAUUGAAACGAUGGUUUUCUUACAAUGAAAAUCAAAUUCAUCCAAAUAUGCAGAUGCAACCAGUUGAAUCUAGCGUUGAGCAACAAUGA